AUGUCGGAGUCUGUACAAGAGAGCAACAUUGACCAUUCUGUUGAUCAAACUAAAAAGAAAUCUCGUGCACCCCCAAAUACCUCGUUUCGUCAACAGCGAAUAAAAUCAUGGCAGCCUCUAUUAACACCAAAAACGGUUCUUCCUUUGUUUUUCAUAUUGGGUAUCAUUUUUGGUCCAUUAGGAGGUGGCUUAUUAUAUGCGAGUUCUACUGUGCAAGAAUUAGUCGUUGAUUAUACCGCAUGCGAGUCAUCUGCUAAUUAUGAUACGUUUACAGAAAUUCCGUUAAAAAAAUAUAAGGCAGCUUUUGAUUAUUCCUCAAGUUCAAAAGCUAAAACUCCGCCGUUAUGGAAACUAUCUACUACGCACGAUGAUGAUCUGGAUUUGGAUAUCAAGGUCUGCAACGUUCGUUUUACUGUUCCAUCGUUGAUGAAAGCGCCUAUUUUCCUUUAUUAUCGCUUAACCAAUUUCUAUCAAAAUCAUCGCCGUUAUGCAAAAAGCUUGGAUGAAAAACAAAUACGUGGAUAUGCUCAAGAUGCCAAUGAUGUAAAAUCGUCUGGGUGUUAUCCAUUAGAGGUGAAUGAACACGGAAAGCCUUAUUACCCUUGUGGUCUUAUAGCCAAUUCGUUAUUUAACGACUCUUUUUCAUCGUUGAAUCAGGUUACUAACAAUGAAACAACAUCAAAUACUUACAAGCUUAGCUCAAAAAAUAUUGCCUGGUCUUCUGAUGCUAGCCGGUUCAAGAAAACUCUUUACAAGCCCGAGGAUGUUGUGCCUCCUCCAAAUUGGGUCUUGAGAUACCCCAAUGGAUAUACGGAUGAUAACAUGCCUGAUUUGUCUUCCAUGGAGGAAUUACAGGUUUGGAUGAGAACAGCUGGAUUACCAACAUUUAGCAAACUGGCAAAACGUAAUGACAAAGAUCAUUUAACACCAGGAACUUAUGAGAUUAGUAUCGGGCUUCAUUUUCCUGUCAAAGAAUACGAUGGAACCAAAUCCAUAGUACUCACCACUCGCUCUGCUUUAGGCGGUAAAAAUCCUUUUCUCGGGAUUGCUUAUAUUGUCGUGAGUGUUGUAAGUGUAGUUUUGGGUACAUUGUUUACAUUGCGACAUUUCAUCAGACCUAGAAAAUUGGCAGAUCAUCGCUACCUGAAUUGGGAUUCUGAAGAUAAUAAUAUUGCUCCUCGUUUGGGUGGACUGUAA